AUGGCGGCCUGCAAGGAGGCCAAGAUCGGGAUGGAGCAGCUGGCCAUGAGCCCACAGGCCCUGGCGGAGAUGAUCUCGCUGAUCGAUGAGGGCGUGAUCAGCGGCAAGAUCGCCAAGGACGCCCUGCCGCGGCUGUUUGCGGGGGAGGGCAACGGCGGCGUGCGCGCGUUUGUGGAGAGCCAGGGGCUGGUCCAGAUAUCGGACGUGUCUGCAGUGGAGGCUAUGGUGGAGGCGGUGCUGGCCGCCAACCCCAAGCAGCUCAACGACUACGUGGGGGGCAAGACUAAGCUGGCCGGGUUCUUCACGGGGCAGGUGAUGAAGGAGAGCCAGGGCCGCGUCAACCCCGGCCUGAUGCAGCAGGUGCUGACGGCAAAGCUCAAGGAGGCGGUCGACAGGGCGGCUGCGGGCGCGGCGUGA